AUGUCAACAGCAUUAGAUGAUCAGCAACCACCUAAUCAUUUAAAUGGUUUCGAUAUAACAGCAUUAGUUAUUUAUUUUAUAUUAUUAGUUGGCGCUGGAUUUUAUUCGAUGUUUAAAUAUAAUCGUUCAACAGUUAAAGGAUAUUUUUUAGCUAAUAGACAAAUGCCAUGGUUUUGUAUAGGUGCAAGUUUAUUUGCAUCGAAUAUUGGUGCAGAGCAUUUUAUUGGCUUAGCAAGUUCCGGUGCUGCUAAAGGUAUAAGUGUUGGAGCAUUUGAAUUAAAUUCUAUAGCAAUUAUGCAAUUACUUGGUUGGAUAUUUUUACCAGUUUUUAUAGCUACUGGUGUAUCAACAUUACCUGAAUAUAUGAGUCGAAGAUUUGGUGGACAACGUAUACGUAUUUAUAUAGCUUGUCUUUAUCUUCUUCUAUAUAUAUUAACAAAAAUAAGUGUAAAUAUUUAUGCAGCAUCAUUAUUUAUUAAUUAUGCUUUUCAUUGGGAUAUAUAUUUAAGUGUUGUAUUUGUUCUUAUUUUAACUGCACUAUGUACUGUAUCAGGUGGUUUAGCAAGUGUUAUGUAUACAGAUACAAUACAAGCUAUUAUAAUGAUUUUUGGAGGAUUUGUUUUAAUGAUCUUAUCAUACAAAGAAAUAGGUGGUAUAUCGAAUCUUUAUCGACGAUAUUUGAAUGCAAUGCCAACGGUACAAGAUGAUGGACAAUAUGGAAAUAUAACAAAUAUAUGGUUAAAUCAAACGAAUUUAACAACAUCAACAUGUGGUAAACCAACAAUGAAAUCAUUUCAAAUGUUGAGAUCAAUAACUGAUUCAGAUAUGCCUUGGUUAGGAUUUUUUCUUGGACAUACUCCAAAUACAAUUUGGUAUUGGUGUUCUGAUCAAAUGAUGGUUCAACGCGUAUUAGCUGCACAAACUAUUUCACAUGCACGUGGUGGAACUUUAUUAGCUGGUUAUUUAAAAAUUUUACCAUUAUUUAUGAUAAUUAUACCCGGUAUGAUAAGUCGAGCAUUAUAUCCAAAUACUGUUGCAUGUAAUCAACCAUCCGUUUGUGAAUCAAUAUGUCAUAGUAAACGAAGUUGUACUAAUAUAGCAUAUCCAACAUUAAUAUUAAAAAUUUUACCAAAUGGUUUUAAAGGUAUUAUGCUUGCUGUUAUGCUUGCUGCAUUAAUAUCAGGUUUAACAUCAAUAUUUAAUUCAGCAAGUACAAUAUUUACUGUUGAUAUUUAUCCUAAUAUAUUAUCUUAUCGUCGAAAGAAAAUAGCAAAUCGUGAAUUAAUGAUUGUUGGCCGUUUAUUUGUUAUUCUUAUGACAAUGUUUGGUAUUGCAUGGAUACCAAUUGUUAUACAAAUGCAAGGUUCAGAAUUAUAUAUUUAUAUGCAACAAGUUAUAGGAUUUUUAGCACCACCAAUAGCAUGUAUUUAUUUAUUAUCAGUUUUAUGGACACGUGCCAAUGAACGUGGUGCAUUUGCUGGAUUAAUGAUAGGUUUUAUAUUUGGUUUAAUAAGAAUGAUACUUGAAUUUUCACAACGGCCACCAUUAUGUGGAGAACAAGAUACAAGAUUUUGGUUAAUAAGAAAAGUUCAUUUUAUGUAUUAUGCUUUAUUUUUAUUUUGGUUAACAUUUUUCACUUGUGUUAUUGUUUCAUUAUAUACGGAGCCACCAACAAAAGAACAAUUAUAUCGAACAACAUUUUGGACAAGAAAUCAAAAAUCAGAUGUAGAACAUAUCAAAAUGAAACAAAAAAUUAAUAGUGGGGCUUCAGUUGUUAGUCCAUCACUUCCACGUACUGAAAUACCUGCAUCAUUUCCAAUGACUCCUACUAAUAUAAAUAAUACAGUUGAACAAUUACAACCUGAAAUAUUUCUUCCAUCAUCAUCAUUUGGUCCUGGAACAUUACUUAUUAGUCGUGAUGGUGAAGAUGAUGUUAGUAGUGUUCGUAUAAAUACAGCACAAACAAGUAUAGCUGAUUUAGAAAAUCUCAAUAUAAAGAAAAAACUUCCAAUUUUCUCAAAAUCAAAAAUUUCAAGUGAUUCCAAUAAUCAGGAUAAUGUAAAAAAUGGUUGUCAUAUAUUAGUCCUUUUAAAAUCAUGUUGGUCAUGGUUUUGUGGUUUAGAUGAUAGUAAUGAUGUUGAUAAUGAAGAUGAAUUAUCAACAAUUAAUGUAUCUUAUCAUUCUCUACAACGAAAAAUAGAAAAUGGUAAAAUCAAUGAAGGACAUGAUUCUAUAUCACAACAUAUUAGAGAACGGUCCAUUAUAAAAUGGAUAUUAAAUGGAAAUUUAAGUUUUAACAUGAUUUUUAAUAAAAUAUAUUUCUUUUCACUUGUAAUUCUUAUUCUACCUAAUCUAAUCGUAAGUGAACCACUUGAAUUAACUGAUAAAACAUGGAAAGAUAUGUUAUGUGGUCAAUGGAUGGUUGAAUUUUAUGCACCAUGGUGUCCAUCAUGUCAAUAUUUCAAACCUAUAUGGCAUGAUUUUUCUAAAGCUAUGAUAUCGAAAGAAAUCAAAGUAGCUGCUAUUGAUAUUAAUGAAUAUCCUUCAUUAUCAGGUCGUUUUCGAAUUUCUGUCUUGCCAACAAUUUAUUAUGUUCGUGAUGGUGUUUUUCGUCAAUAUAAUGGUGAACGUUCAUUAGAUCGUUUGAAAAAUUAUAUUGAAUUUCAAGAAUGGCAACGUACAGAACCAGUUUCAUCAUAUUUUGCUCCAGAUAGUUUUUCAAUGUCACUAAUCAGUUCAAUUUUCGAUAUAUCAGUAUUAGUUAAAGAUGCAUAUACAUUUUUACAAGAUCGAUAUGGAUGGCCAGCAUGGCUUAUUUAUGUAUUUUUUACUGUAGCUGUUAUUCUUAUUGGACUUAUUCUUGGAUUUGGUGUUCUUAUGAUUAUUGAUUAUUGUGUAACUGGUACAGUUAAAGAUGAUGUAAAUAUUAUACUAGAUGAUUCAAAAGAUGUUGAAGAUUUAGAUGAUAGUGAUUCACAAAAAUUAUUAAAACCUAGAAAACAAAAAAAAACAACUGUAUCAUUACCAACACGUAUUACAUCAUCAACACCACAACGUACAACAACAAUAAAAAAUCGUUCAUCACCUGUUAUAGAAAUUCAAGAUGAUGAAGCAUUACUUAAUGAAGUUCUUGCAGCUGAUCAAGAUGAUAAUGAUGAUAGUGAAGGAUUAAAUGCAUCUGAUAUACCACCAGGAACUGAUGAUGAAGAUCAAACUACAACAACAAAUGUAUCUAUGCGUCAACGACGAAUAAAUAAAUGA